CGUGGAUGGUCCUUUAUUCACAGCUUUGAUUUACACACACAGACGUGUUCGUUUUCUAUCGGCGCCAAACUCAAACUUCACAAGCUUAAAUAAAAACCCCCAAUCACACUUCCAGUUAUUAUUACCGUUACAGCUUCAAAAUGGCGAUCGAAAAUUCCGGUGGAAUCCAAGUCCAAGGAAUGCAAUUCUCCUACGACGGACUUCAACCACCGCUUUUCCUCGAUUUCAACCUUCACGUCUCCCCCGGAUCUCGUUGCCUCCUCGUCGGUGCCAAUGGAUCCGGGAAAACGACUUUGUUGAAGAUUCUGGCUGGGAAGCAUAUGGUUGGAGGAAGAGACGUUGUCCGUGUGUUGAAUUCUUCUGCUUUUCAUGAUACUCAGCUUGUUUGUAGUGGAGAUCUUGCUUAUUUGGGUGGAUCUUGGAGUAAAAACAUUGGCUGCGCUGGAGACAUUCCACUCCAGGGAGACUUCUCUGCUGAACAUAUGAUAUUCGGUGUCGAAGGCGUUGAUCCUAACAGGAGAGAUAAUUUGAUUGACCUGCUUGAUAUAGAUCUGCAGUGGCGAAUGCAUAAGGUAUCCGAUGGCCAGCGGCGUCGAGUACAAAUCUGUCUAGGUCUUCUUCAUCCGUACAAGGUUCUCUUGCUGGAUGAGGUUACAGUUGACCUGGAUGUUGUUACUCGAAUGGAUUUAUUGGAAUUCUUCAAGGAAGAAUGUGAGCAGAGAGAAGCUACAAUUGUAUAUGCCACUCACAUUUUUGAUGGACUAGAGACAUGGGCAACUCAUUUGGCAUACAUACAAGAAGGCGAACUGAGGAGAGCAGAAAAAAUAUCAGAUGUUAACGAGUUGAAAUCUUCAACUAAUCUGCUGUCUGUUGUUGAGUCCUGGCUCCGUGCUGAAACAAAACUUGAAAAGAAGAAACCUGUCAACAAUACAUCUCAGGCGAAUCCUUUUGCUAGCUCUCCGUUCUUUUCAUCCAGACACAUGGCAUACUAUCGAUAAUCUCUAUUGACACCAAUUGCUUAUGAUGUUAAUUUGAGAGACGAAAAUAUACACUGUAAGAAUUGUCAUUCCAUAUGUGAUUUAUACAACCAAAUAAAAUUCUUCUAGGUUUUGCAUCUGUCUUGGUCAUGAUUAAAUGUGUAAUCAUCCACUUCAAGCUCCAAUUGAACAGCUUUUAGUGGCUUAUAGUUUUCUUUUGGGGUUAUCUAUUUUUCUUCGGUUGAUAUAUGUUUAAACAAGUAUGCUUAAAUUAUAGCUUUAUAAUUUGUUCAA